AUGUCAAGUGGAUAUCCAGGUCUUUCACCACAAGUAUCAUCAGUUACAAUUCCACCUGUAUUAAGUACAAUACCAGCAACAGUAAUUAAUAUGAAUCCAUCAUUAUUAAGUGAAAGACAUAUUUAUUUUGCUGUUAAUAAAAAAAAUAAUUCAAAUGAUAUUAAUCAUACAUUUGUUAUGAUGAAUGAUGAAGAUGGAGUUGUUAUUAUUGAUGGAAAUUCAUCGUUAGGAAAUGUUGAACAACGAACAUCUAAUGCAACACGUAAAUCAGGAAGCCUUAGUGGCAGCUGUAAAAAAUCAAAAUUAAUCCGAUGA